AUGAGUUUUUAUCAACAAUUUGAAUUACUUUUGAACUUUGUUUAUCAUAGCACUGGUGAUCGUCUACAAAGAACACUCAUUGCUGAUCGAUCGGAUUUAACGGAUAAUAAUAACGAUCGAGGUUUGGAAUUACCUGCAUUUACAGAUGUAAAAAUAUUUAUUGAUUCAUUACUUAUUGGAUAUCAAACGAAUACAAAUAUUGAAUAUGAACUUGAAAGAACUCCUAUGAUUUGUACACCAUUUCGUAGAAAUUUAAUUUUUGAAAAUGGAUUAUCAAAUUUAAUAAAAACUUUCAUUGAUUUUAUCUUUCUUAUUCCGUGCUUUAUGCUUCUAACCAGUUUAAUUCAAGAGAAGAAUGCUAAAGUUAAAGAAAUCCUUAAAGUACUUGGAAUUGAAUCAAUUCUAAAUAAUUUUGCUCACGCAAUUCGCACAUUAAUUAUUUUUUGUCUUUUAACUCUGCUCUUAUGCAUUGUAUUGAAACAAAAACCAAAUGGAUAUUUUCUCACAGUUAAUUUUCUUAUUCUCUUUCUUGGUUAUUUAAUAUUCGGUUUACAAUUAAUUUCACUCUGUAUAAUGAUUGCACAAUUAUUUGAUAAAAAUAUUCGUGCAAAAUUAACUAUUGCUUUCAUUUAUGUUUUAUCAUUAUUUAUUUAUUCAUAUAUCAUUUUCUGGCCGACACCAAUACAAUAUUUAUUGAUAUUUUUCAGUCCUCAUAUUGCUGGAUAUUCACUUUUUCAGCAAGCAGUUUUACAUGAUUUAGCAAAAAAAGAUAUAUCAUUAUUUCAAACGAUUUAUCGUUAUGUACCAAUGUAUUUUCCAACAUUGAUUGUUAUGAUUUUUAGUUGUAUUUUUUACUGGUUACUCUCUUGGUAUUUAGAAAAAGUAUUUCCAGGUGAAUAUGGUAUUCCACUUGGUUGGAAUUUUCUCUUUAAACAAGAUUAUUGGCGUUCAGAAAAAUUUGAUCAUUAUACUGAAUCAUUACCUAAUCGUAAUGCAUUAUUUUCGAGAAGAAAUUCAACUGGUACAGCUAUUGUUCAUGUUAAUAAUCUUGUAAAAAAAUUUGGUCCA